CACACGUCAUCACCCCGCGUCCUACAGCAUGCAGUCUGAAGCCCGCAUGAGCGUUGUAAACAUUUCACUUUCCCUGGCAAGUUUUAGCUCAAAUGGCACCGACAGAUCAGAAAAUGAAGAAUAAAAAGUUUGCAGCUAAAGGUGGCAACUGGAAGAAAUCACAAAAUAACGCUCCGGGUGUCAAGAAGAAGAGGAAAUGGGUCCCCGAGCACAAAACAUACGAGGGCAGUGUUAAGGAAGGUCAGGGGUUUGCUAUAAAGAGGAAGCAGAAAGUCAAACAUGAGUACAACAAGCUGCUGCGGAGAGAGAGGAAGAAGAACCCUGAGUCCAAAGCCAUGUACAAGGAGGAGUACCCAGAACACCUCAGGCAUCUGUACAUGGCCGAGGCAGAGAAACUGAAGAACGAGGCCUGGACCAACAGACUGAACAGGAGUAAACUGAGAAUUAAAGGGCAGGAGAAGGGUGGAGAGACAGCAGAACAUGAUGCUGCUGCUGCACACCAGAGUGAAGCUGCUGAUCCAGAUCCAGAAGUUACUGGUGGAUCUGUGCAGACAGAUUCAGCCACUGGGAACCCUGAACCAGCAGCAGCCUCAGAGAAAGACAGUCUCCCAAUAAGCAACCGCAUGAGGAAAAAACUGCUGAAGAAGACGUCCUACCAGAAGACAAAAGAGGACUUUGAGGCAGUCAAAGAAAAACGAAAAAAGAAGAAAGAGGAGUACCUGAAGAACAAGCAGCAGAGAGAAGAAGCCAUCCAGAGGUACAAACAGAAAAAGACGGAGACGUUUCAGAUGCUGAGCAAAAAGACAAAGAAAGGACAGCCCAACCUGAACCUCCAAAUGGAGUAUUUGCUUCAGAAGAUCACCAAAGGAACUGAGAAAUGACUCGGAGCUGAUACUGGAGGAUUCAUGGGAGAUCGGUGGACCUUGUCUUAAUGUGACCUGAGGACGAUCAGGACUCUGCUUUGCGUUAUAAGUAGAGCGGGAAUCUGAAACCAAUGUUCCUCUUUUCCUCUGUAUUAUGGUGUAUUUUACUCAGACCACAAGAUGGCAUUGUAGGACAUGAAGAGAUGGAAACAUGUGAGACAUUUUUAAUCAA